AUGGCCCCUAGACCCGUCACUAUGGCCCCUAGACCCGUCACCAUGGUCCCUAGACCCGUCACCAUGAUCCCUAGACCAGUCACUAUGGACCCUAGACCCGUCACUAUGGACCCUAGACCCGUCACUAUGGACCCUAGACCCGUCACUAUGGCCCCUAGACCCGUCACCAUGGUCCCUAGACCCGUCACUAUGGACCCUAGACCCGUCACUAUGGACCCUAGACCCAUCACUAUGGCCCCUAGACCCAUCACUAUGGCCCCUAGACCCGUCACUAUGGACCCUAGACCCGUCACUAUGGACCCUAGACCCGUCACUAUGGACCCUAGACACGUCACUUGA